AAACAAUGCUGGUUCAGGCUUUCAUCUCAAUUUCCAAAUUGUGGUCACGAUAGUUCAACACAAUAGACUAAUAGACAUUUGGACUGGGAAGCUUCCCACAGUUCAAAUGUAUUAGACGUCUAUUGUCGUCAAUGGCAGGAAAUGAGUUAGGGUUCAAAUUCUGAAGUGACUACUUCUGAGGUGAGAGUUUAUUCAUAAAUUAUUAUUUUUAUAAAAUAUAGUUUAGACUAAAUAAAUUGUUUUUACAAUAAUUCAACACUGGUUGCUAUUGACGAUGAUAGACAUCCAACGCAUUUGAACUGGAAAAAGCUGACAGUGAAUGAUUUCUGCCAACUCUCCCUGUCCAAAUAGAUUAGAUGUCUAUCACUGUCAAUAGCCAGAAAUGAGUUAGGAUGCACAUUUUGGGGUUUCUGAGGUGGGAAUUUAAUCAUAAAUCAGAUAUUAUAAUACAGAAAAACUGUACUUUUGUUCAAGCUUUUGUUGAAAAUGAGUUCCCAGGAACACAACGAUACAGAAUGUAGGUUAAUGGCAAUAAUGAGAGUCUAAUUGGAGUUUAAUGAGGCUCCACUCACCCAGAUGGGAGGUUCCAGCGCAGAGAGCCACUAUGAGCAGGAGACACAGAGGGACGCUGCCAUAUGUGAAUGGCCAGGAAGUCAUAUUAUCCACGCCGGGUGAGGGAAGCAGUCCGAGCGGGGAGACUCACUGCCUGGAGCUCGGAGAACGGGGACUGCGCGUCCGCCGCCUCGCCAACAAAAGCCGGGAAUGGCGCACCGAGCCGCGGGGCAUUGUUCCUCAGCCAAGAACCCUCUAAUCCCGGGGAGGUAUUCACAUCCUCCGGUUCCAAUCAGCUUAGAGGCGUGAACCAGCAGCAGCACCAGGAGGGCAGGUAAAGAAACGGAUUUUGUGCGGCUACGGUAACCCUCCGCGCCCGCCCCCUCUCCAUCCAUCCACGCAGUUCGUCGCGAUCGAGACGGGGCUUGCGGUCCACUCGCUGGGCCGAAGUGAGCGGCCGACACCGAGCGCCAGCAUGCUGACUGAACACGCUGCACGGGGAGCGAACUGACACAGAUUCCAAGCCCGUCUCAUAAACGUCUUCACCAGCCGGCUCGUGUUUGCUCUCCCAGAACGAGGUUGGUCAAAAAUAUGGAUUUGUUGUCCACACCGCUGACUUGAUAAUGGACUCUUGUGUAAACACAGCCCUGCCUUGUCAAUACUGGUCAACGUCAGUAUGUUGGAGGUAGAUCCUCGUCGUAACGAUGACACUAAACACGCUUCGCUCAAUCCUUCCUGCCUCCACUUAGGUUUGUUUGUGUUAGCAGUCGGCUAAGCUUUCCCUCACGCUGUUCUGCUCUCAUCAUUCUCUAGUCAUGCACACACCAUCAAAGUUGAAUCCGCUCACUGAUUUUCCUCUGCAACCUCCCACGCUCCUUUCAAGCGCUAGCUCGAUACGCCGAUGGGAGGACAAAGCCAAGGGUCAGAGGUCAGAGGGAAAAUUAUUGACGGUGUUCGGAGGAUUCCACAGGACAAAGGAAGGACAAUUGGGAACCACACGGAUCUUUCCUAGCCUACUAUGCAGAAUGAUGACAUGGUGCCGAAUGACGCAUAGUGAGUGGGAGCGCCGCACAGGAUCGACCAUACUUGGACAAAUAAACAUGCUCGUGCAGUUGUAAAAGUGAUGUCAUUGCUUACUGGACUUGCUGAUUUCAAUUCGAGUCUACUGUAAGACAUAAAUCUGCAGUAUUUACAUCACAUCCUUUGUAGUUAUAGGCUUGUAUUAUCACUCAAAGUAAUGAAAAAAACCUUUAGAGAGAAUAUUUCAUGUUUUUCUAAAUGAACGAUACUCUGUAAAUUCUGGCUUAUCUCGCCUGAUACUGCCUGAUAGUUGUCGUUGACAGUUCUGAGCGUCCUUGAGGUCAGCUUGCUACUAUGUAAGUUAUCUUAUUUACCACUUUCGGGAAGGUAGGAGGAGAAGAACGAGAGGGUGAAAGAGAAACCAACAGAAUUUUCGAUGUGAUGUUGCCUUCUUAGUGCUGUGGAUUUCCCUGUGAUUACAGACAUUUAGGCCCCAGGACCACAAAGCGGUGACCUUUCCCUUUCUUUCUCCGUUUGAGGUUGGCGCCGAGCCGGGUAGUACUGUUUGCCCUUGACAGAAUUACACCUCACAGCAGCUGGCACCCAGGAUGUGGCUGAGAAACUCAGGGACUCUCCAAGAUUCCCUGAGGAAGCAAAGUGGGCAUGAAAAGGGCAAUGAGAUGGAAGCCAAACAAGAGGACGACAACACGGUGCUUUCACGGACAAGCUCCUCACUAAGGAUGGAAGCACAGAUCCAAUUUCACUGAGACUACAGGAAACUUAGAGGCCACUGACUCUGCACUGGAACCCUCUUCAACUGUACUUUCUUCUCUGCGGGAUGUGUGGCGUACUGUGCGCUCGAAAGCGAACCGGCCUUACUAUGAUCUUAUUCUCCGCGUGUUGCAUCUGCGGUCUAAUCGGCGGAAUCCUCAACUUCCAGUUCGUGCGCGCGCUCAGCAAGCGACCCGAUUCCAUGCAGUCCGUCCACCUGGCUGCUAUGACGCUGGCUUGUUUGGGAAUCUCUUCAUGUACAUUAUCCACUUGGCUUACCUGUCGUUUGGCUAGUUCGGAGCAACAGAGGAUGUUUUUGGAAAGGGAGCACUCGCUGCACCAUUCGCACGAGAUGACAGAAAAGGAUGUCCUGGACAACUCCAGUAACGGAAUCCCUCAGAUCUCCUACAACGGGCAUGCUAGCGCAUCGCCAUGACAACUUUAAUCACUUGCUGUUAGCAGUUUUAGAAAGCAUGGCUGGACAUUGAGCAACAGUUGGACACUGUAGGUGCUACAUUAUGUUCUUUUGACUCUACCAAAGAGGAUGAAUUGACAUUUUAAUGUCCAAUAGUGUUGACAUUGACAACAAAACUUUAAAUUAAUGAGCCUUUAAGUAAAAAGUUAUGGAAUGCUGAAUGAAAAUAUACAUGAGGCACAAUAUAUUUGUACACUGGCCAUAUCAUUGGGUGCACCUGGGAAAUCUCAUGAUUACCGUAAUUAUUGGACUAAUAGGUGCACCUGACUAUAAGCUGCCACCCACCAAAUUUGACACGAAAAAGGCAUUGGUUCAUGGAUAAGCCGCAAUGGACUAUAAGCCGCAGCUGUCCUCACUGUAUUAAAGGAUAUUUACACCAAAAGAUAUUAACUGGCAACACUUUAUUAUAUUUAUUUAGCUUCAUAAGAUUAUCAUAAGACCGAAUGAACCACCAUGAAGUUUUGAACCAAUUGGCUGCAAAGUUUUAUUGCUUCAAGAAGCUUAAUUUGCCCAUCACAGCUCCCUUGGGGGAGACAGUCAACCUCUGCUGCCACCUGCUGUCAACGCAGGUGUUGUCCAACAUGCCUCCUAGCAUGCAAUGCAGCGCUACAGGUGUAAAUAACAAUCAAAAUUCAUGUUCUGUGCUAAUUAUUUCUUCAGUGACUGUUCCAAUUGAUUCAUUAAUUGCUAGUUAUGGUAUUUCGUAACACUUUAAUCUACAGUGGCGCCAUAAGACUGUCGUAAUAACAUCAUAAUUAUGACAUGACACUUUCAUGAGCAUUCACAAAUGCUUAUGACUUAUCAUUUUGUGUAAUCUGCCUAAUCAUCUCACUUUUGAAUGGAUGUAAAAGAUCCGAGCUGGACAUAAAUGGAGUUGGUGACAUAAUUUGCCGGAUGACGCUUAAUGACAUCUGUCAUAUGCAUUCAUUAGUGCCAAUGAUAGUGUCAUGUCAUAGUUAUUACGGUCAUAUGGCAGUCUUAUGACGCCACUGUCAACUAAAGUGUUACCUAUUAAGCCAAUACAUCAACAAAUAAGCCACACUGGACACUAAGACGAAGGAUUCAAAAUGAGGGGAAAAAAGCAGCGGCUUAUAGUCCAAAACUUAGGGUAAUAUGGUUACAAUUUUGGUUCUUUUAGAUUCACUAAACAGAAUGAAACGUUUCAUGAUUUUUUUUUUUCAUUGGUACAUAAUUUUGAUGAUUUUACCUCAGAGCCAAGCAAAAAAUAUAUAUAAUACUGUAUGGACAGUAGGUCAAAAAUAUUUUUAUAAGUGCUCCUCAUGCUAGUUAUGGUAUUUCAUAACACUUAAAGUGGCGCCAUAAGACUGUCGUAAUAACAUCAUAAUUAUGACAUGACACUUUCAUGAGCAUUAACAAAUGCUUAUGACUUAUUAUUUUGUGUAAUCUGCCUAAUCAUCUCACUUUUGAAUGGAUGUAAAAGAUCCGAGCUGGACAUAAAGGGAGUUAGUGACAUAAUUUGCCGGAUGACGCUCAAUGACAUCUGUCAUAUGCAUUCAUUAGUGCCAAUGAUAGUGUCAUGUCAUAGUUAUUACGGUCAUAUGGCAGUCUUAUGACGCCACUGUCAACUAAAGUGUUACCUAUUAAGCCAAUACAUCAACAAAUAAGCCACACUGGACACUAAGACGAAGGAUUCAAAAUGAGGGGAAAAAAGCAGCGGCUUGUAGUCCAAAAAUUACGGUAAUAUGGUUACAAUUUUGGUUCUUUUAGAUUUACUAAACAGAAUGAAACAUUUCAUGAUUUUUUUUUUUUUAUUGGUAGAUAAUUUUGAUGAUUUUACCUCAGAGCCGAGCAAAAAAUAUAUAUAAUACUGUAUGGACAGUAGGUCAAAAAUAUUUUUAUAAGUGCUCCUUAUGAAGGUUAAACCAAUAAAGAUCUAAUACACUGGAAUGGAAAAGCAUUGCUUGUGUGUGAGAGACCUUUGGUGACCUGAAUGAUGUUAUUGACGAAAAGGAUACAUAAUCAAUGAUCACCUGUUGACGAACACUGAGGCAGCGCUCCCCUUGAAUCGACCUUAUGUAACAUUGGUGUAACUCACACUGAGCAUCGGGGCUAAUUCUAGCAUAGGAGUGACUGAAAAU